CCAACCGUGAGGGCGCAGUACUUAACUCUCAAAAGUUUAUGGUAGUAGGGUUUUUAAUAUCACCAGCCUAUCUACGUACUACCGUAGGUACGGGAAAUACGGGAACUAUGCUGUACGCUCUGCCACGGCCCUUCCAUCUCAUCUCACACUUAUCGCGCAUAACUAAGGCUGGUCCAAUCCUUCUAAUGGCAAUCAUCACGUAACAAAAUUGACGCAUUGCCAAAGUGUCUAAGUGGUCCUGCACUCUGCCACACUUGAUUGGAGAUGUCCUAACUCUCUUCAUUUCAUGACUUGAUCAAUUUGCGGGGAAAUGUCGACCUAGGAAGAUCGCACAUGUGUCCCAUCGUAACGCACAUGUGUCGGUCGACGAAGAAGCUGUCAAAGCUUCUCUACGCGCGCAUUCAUAGCUUGGAGAUCUUCACCAUCCAGGCUAUCAACGCCUUCUUUGACGAGCCUUUCCACAGCCGCCUCCACUUCCUCCUCCCCGUCCAACAUAUCAAUCCAGCCUCUCGCCCCUUCUUUUGCCAGUACCAUCGCUAUUGUUUGGGCAACGGCCUCACGACUCGAGUUGCCCCGACUGGGUCCACGGCCCAGCCGCACACCACCCGCCGUCUCGGCAGUCAAACCCCCCGGCCUCAAACUAAUCCAAUGAAACUGUUCGCCCUCAGGCAUACCCAUUUUGGCUUCCUCACCAAUGCGUUGCUUGGCGAGGAUAGUGAGAACCUCAUCAGCAGCAACUUUGGCGGCAUAGUAUGUAGGCAGAAUCUCAUUGUUGACCUUUUGUGCGGCAGCCCAAUCAUCGUCAUUCCACCAUGAUGGUCGGUUUCGACGCGAUGCGAUGUAAGAAACUGUAAGGAACUUUUUGACGCUGGGCGUGCGGACGCUAGCUUUGGUGAAUGCAAUAGCAGCGUCGUGGUCAACGGCCAUGGUUCGUGAAGCGCCACCUCUUCCUCCAGCGCCUAAUGUUGGGUCAGAUCCCUGAGGUUCAAUCAUGAUGCGAGAAUUCUCUGCGAGAAUUUCCAGCGAUAAGUCGUGACCGGCGUGUCAAGUAUCGUUCUCAACGCGCACAAUCAUGUGACAAUCGAAAGCACUGCCAAACUCAACGGACUUACCAGCGCUCCAAACAACCCAGUCUGGUUUAACCUGCUCGAGAAUCUUGUUCCCCGGGUGUCCCUCGCUCAACUUUUCGAU